AUGGUCUCAGAAACCCUACGCAUGAGCCGUUUAACAAAUGGAGAGUCUGAGAAUAAUCUUCACAGUCAAAGGGACCAAAAUGGUGUAGAUUCUGGGGCAGUACUAGAAAUGCCUACCAGACAUGCAUCAGACAGUGGCCACGGGAACAUGCAGCCUGAUGUAAUAUCUGUAAACAGAAGAUGUAAGAAGGCAAGGCGGCAGAAAGACAUGACUUUAGAAGAUAUGUACAAUAAUCAAGAUGGUUUCGACAAUGACGAUGAUGAUGACAGUGAUUGGGAGCCUUUACGAAAUCAUCUUGCUGUGGUGACGUGGUAUUGUGUCAACUGUACGAUGGUUAACGUUGAAGGUGUUGUCCAUUGCGAUGUUUGUGGAGAGCAUAAAGAAUCUGGAAUUCUUAGGCAUGGGUUUUUCGCAUCUCCCUUUUCACAAGAAGCAGGUCUUACUCAAAAUGAGUUGGAAAUAAUUGAAAGAUCUAAAGGUGGUCGCACAUAG